GGGAGCAGCCACCCCUCACACCGGGACAGCAUCCCUCACCUCACACCGGGAGCAGCCACCCCUCACCGCAGGAGCUGUUCCCUCACACCGGGACCCGGGGGCGCCGCUCACCGCAGGAGCUGUUCCCUCACACCGGGACCCGGGGGCGCCGCUCACCGCAGGAGCUGUUCCCUCACACCGGGACCCGGGGGCGCCGCUCACCGCAGGAGCUGUUCCCUCACACCGGGACCCGGGGGCGCCGCUCACCGCAGGAGCUGUUCCCUCACACCGGGACCCGGGGGCGCCGCUCACCGCAGGAGCUGUUCCCUCACACCGGGACCCGGGGGCGCCGCUCACCGCAGGAGCUGUUCCCUCACACCGGGACCCGGGGGUGCCGCUCACCCUCGCCGUGCCCGCCGGUCCCGUCCCGCAGCCGGCCGGGAUCGCCCCCAUCCCCACGGCACUGUGCCUCCCCGUCAGGAAUUUCCGCAGGGAAUCGUGGGCUCCAGCCGGGCUCCUCGCCUGGCUCAUUCUCCUCCCCGCACCGCCCGGCCGAUUUGCGGAUUUAACCACAUCUUUUUGGGCUGCAGAUUUGGAAUUCACACCAAAUGUCCCCUAUACAGAGCCUGUGGCCAUUCCUGGGGCUACCUUCAGCUUCCCUCUAGUGGAUUGGCCUGAAACCACCCUUCCGCAGGCGAUCCCGGAGCUUCAGAGCUGCUCCAAACUACAAAUACCAGCAGCUCCAGCACGCUGAGAGGCCCCAGGACCCACCUCUCCUAGAAUUAAUCUCUCUAGUUUAUUCUAGCAAAUAUUGAUAAAGAAUUUUAUUUUUCAUGUAUAGCUAUAAAAGCCCACGGCAAGCACAGCGUUUUGAAACAUUCUUUCUGGCUGAGCUAUUUUUUUAGCUGUUUUAUUUAUUUAUUUAUUUAUUUAUUUUCUGUGGUGGGUGGCCCUUCCUACCUCAUCGCAGAGUGACAGUGGCAGAAGGACCCAGACCUUUAAUCCUGUUUCGCAGCAGCUUUAGCAGAGGAGCGGCUGCAGCAGCCUGGCAAUAAGCAUGGAGAAGAUCCUGAAGGCAGAGCUGAAUACCAACGUUCUGAAGGCACUGGGGAGCUCUGGGGGAGGAUGCAUCAGCCAAGGCCAAACGUAUGAGACAGACAGAGGACGGGUAUUUGUGAAAAUCAACCACAAACCUCAGGCUAGAAAAAUGUUUGAAGGGGAAAUGGCAAGUUUGGAAGCGAUUCAGAAAACCAAUAUUGUGAGAGUGCCUCAGCCCAUCAAAGUGAUUGACCUGCCUGGAGGAGGAGCCAUGUUUGCCAUGGAGUACCUAAAAAUGAAGCACCUCAACAAAUACUCUUCAAAGCUGGGAGAGCAGAUAGCAGAGCUUCAUCUUUAUAACCAGAAACUUGGAGAGAAGCUGAGGACUGAGGGAAGCACAAUUGGAAAAGGAGCCGGUCACUCUGAGGCCCAGUUUGUGGAUAAGUUUGGAUUCCACACAGCCACUUGCUGUGGUUAUAUCCCACAGGUGAAUGAGUGGCAGAGUGACUGGCCAUCCUUCUUUAUCCGGCAUCGACUCCAGGCUCAGCUGGAUUUGAUUGAAAAAGAUUAUGGAGACAGAGAAGCCAGGGAACUCUGGUCACAGCUAAAACCAAAGAUUCCUGAAAUGUUCUGUGAUGUAGAAGUUGUUCCUGCUCUCUUGCACGGGGACCUGUGGGCAGGGAAUGUGGCUGAGGACGACUCUGGGCCGAUUAUAUUUGACCCUGCCUGCUUCUAUGGCCAUUCAGAAUUUGAACUGGCCAUUGCUGGAAUGUUUGGGGGGUUCAGCAGCUCUUUCUUUUCUGCCUAUCACAGUAAAAUACCCAAAGCUCCAGGAUUUGAGAAACGAAACAAGUUGUACCAGCUCUUUAAUUACAUAAACCACUGGAACCAUUUUGGGACAGGGUACAGGGGCUCUACCCUAAACAUGAUGAGGAAACUUCUAAAGUAACCAGGUGCAUUUGAGAAAUUCUGACACACUCCCUUAGGAAUGAGCAGCCCCUGCUCAUCCCAAAUACCACAAAGUCAGAAUUGAUGGUAAAACACCUGAUAUGGAGAAGGCUUAGUGCACUUUUGAGCCUCACUAACUAAAAGCAAUUGUGUAAUCUUUAACUUGGGCACUGGUUUCCCUGCACAGGUUCCUCCCCUGCUGAAGGAAGGGGCUGCACUGUUUGUGAAGGCUCCACUGGUUUGGAAAGCAGCCUGACAGUCAGUCUGCCCUUGCUCUCUCACCUCAUAGCUGCUGUGCUCCCACAGCUGUUCCACAGCAGCAUCUUCCCAGUCCUGCUGCUCCUCCAUCAGCAGUUUGUUAUGGAGAGCUGCAGCUGUGGGACAGUGGUGCUGGAAGUAAGAGCAAGUUCUUAUGUCUAUCCUUGUUAGUUCUGUUUUAGUUUUCUGUCUGUUCCCAGCCUUUUUCCCAUGAAUAUUUCCAUGGUCUUCUGUUUCCCUUUCCCUUUCCCUUUCCUUUUCCCUUUCCCUUUCCCUUUCCCUUUCCCUUUCCCUUUCCCUUUCCCUUUCCCUUUCCCUUUCCCUUUCCCUUUCCCUUUCCCUUUCCCUUUCCCUUUCCCUUUCCCUUUCCUUUCGUCCUAAUCCAAAAUUUCAGUCAGAUUCUGUGAAUCUGAAAACAUUCUCUUUUUAAUUUAAUCAGCAGACAAGGCCCUUUGGCUGCAUUUGACAAAUAUAUGUAAUUAAUAAUAAUUCUAAUAUUUAUUUUAAUUUAAUGUAAUUUACUCACGUUAGUUUUUCUCUUGCUAUAAGAACUCAAAUUCCAGUGGUAUUUUCUGAAAAGAUAUUUAGUUCAUUGGUAAUUAACUGUACAGUCAGAAGUGUUACCACUCAAAGUUGAUAGUAGCAUUUCAUCAUUUUAGUGUGAUAUUUCAGUGUGUUGUACUACAAUAGUUACAUAUUUAAAUAACUUUGUAAAAUGACAACAAAAUGUGGGAGGGAGGCUCUGUGGUUGGGUGAGAAGAAGCACCUCUGGCUGCUGGGUUGGUUGGUUGGUUAUUUUCAGUUUUAGAAAAUGAGUGCAGUGGGCAAAGCUGGUCUGUUGUGCCACCACUGGGUUAUAGAAGGAACAGUGUCAAAUCUGAUUGACUUGUAAGGGGUUUUAUUGUUCCUUACUGCUUUAUUUUUGCAGAAAACUUGGGCAGUGGGAAUUUGAGGAGAAAAGUGUUCAGCAAAGAUACUGGUGUACAAUCUGAGCUACAUUACAUUAGUGACUCUGGGGAGUUUUAAUGGAAGAAAGUGGCAAGGAGAGUAAAAGUAAGUGCAGUCCCACAAAUAUGAAUUAUGACCUGAGUAUUCAGGUUCAUAUGGUUGGCAUGACUAAUACUAAAAUAUUAUAUUCAAAAUUGCUCACAUACAUUUAGCUCAACUUUAAAUGGUCUUGCUAUAAAGAUUUAAUGAAGUUUAAAAUUUGAUGUUGUAAUUGGUUUAAAACAAUGCACUUUGCUUUCUGUAAAUAUGAUACAAAAAGUGAAAAAUUUUUUAUUUCCUUUGAAUCAGGGAAUUUUGUCAUGGUUGUUUAUAAAACUUAACAGAACUAAAACAGUGGAAAAAUGGAACUGUAGAGGUAGAACACAGUUGGGAUUGUAGCUGAUGGCUGGAAGAUCUAGGUCUGAGGAAAGAGCAAAGUGCAUGUGCACUGGUGUUUAUGGAUGUGAACAAACUGACCUGCAUCACACCGGGAAGUACUUGUGAACUCAAACUUCUCAAAUAAAACACUUGCCUUGCAGAAAGCUGGCAUUCAGUGUA